GAGAGAGAGAGAGAGAGAGAGAGAGAGAGAGAGUUUUGCACAGUGCAAACAGGAAUUACACAACACAUAAUUUCGGUCCAGCAUGCUGCACUUCAUUAACUUGUUUUUCAACAUUAACAAGACUCUAUAAGCAGAAGCAAGGCCUCCAUAUCUGCAGGUUUAAGAGGCUCACAGUGGCAUGGUACUAUGGAAGGACAGCAUAACCAUCCCCAACACAAUCUAGAGGAUCAGAACAAAGCACUCUACAAACUGCCAGGACAGGAAUACCAGCAUGAAGCACAGAGGAAUGUGUCCACAUACCCGUACCGAUGCACGCUUGCGGAUUUUCAGAUAGAGAAGAAAAUCGGCAGAGGGCAGUUCAGUGAGGUUUACAAGGCUACCUUUCUUCACGACAGGAAACUGGUUGCACUGAAGAAAGUCCAGAUAUUUGAAUUGAUGGACGCAAAGGCAAGACAAGACUACAUCAAGGAAAUCGACCUUUUAAAGCAACUGAACCACCCCAAUGUAAUUAAGUAUUUGGACUCAUUCAUCGAAAACAAUGAGCUGAACAUCGUUCUGGAAUUGGCAGAUGCAGGCGAUCUCUCCCAGAUGAUAAAGUAUUUUAAGAAGCAGCGGCGGCUUAUCCCUGAAAGGACAGUCUGGAAAUACUUUGUGCAGCUCUGCAGUGCAGUGGAGCACAUGCACUCCCGCAGGAUAAUGCACAGAGAUAUAAAGCCUGCUAAUGUGUUCAUAACAGCGACUGGAGUGGUUAAACUGGGAGACCUGGGACUCGGGCGCUUCUUCAGCUCCAAAACCACGGCAGCACAUUCCUUAGUGGGAACACCCUACUACAUGUCUCCUGAGAGAAUACAUGAAAACGGAUACAACUUUAAAUCCGAUAUCUGGUCUUUGGGCUGUUUGUUAUACGAGAUGGCAGCCCUGCAGAGUCCAUUCUAUGGGGAUAAAAUGACCCUGUUUUCCCUGUGCCACAAGAUUGAACAAUGCGAUUAUCCUCCACUUCCAACAGACCACUACUCUGACAAGCUGAGAGCGCUGGUGGGUAUGUGCAUAAAUCCAGAACCGGACCAGAGACCUGACAUCAUUUUUGUCAACCAAACAGCCAAGCAGAUGCAAGUCUGGAGCACCAGCACCUGAUCCAUUGUCUACUUGUUCAGAGACAACCAACCACAUUUUGGUCUUACUUGAAUUUUACCAGAAGAUGAAACGCUUCGUGAAACUCAAAAUGCACCAUUUUUGUGGAAACCGUUUAUUUUAAGAAGACCCUGAAAUGCUUGGGCAAGCGCGAAGUUGUACUAAAUGUCCAGCGCGGUGGCGAUUACAGUAAUAAUAUUUUUUUUUAAAAAGUCAAAUUUGUAUUACUUUCAUUAUGUAUGGGCCCUACUCGUGAAGCUCAAAUCAUAUAUAUGUGUGAUCUUAUCUGAUUUUACAAAUGAAAACUAACAUAUUAACAAGUGUGCGAGCGCUCGUAUUUUACAGCAGUGUGACCUCGCCCCCUGUAGUGCAGCGGUGACCCUCACUGGAGGUCUUUAUUAUACCAAUUAUGUAUUUUACCUAUUUUAGCUGUUUAAUUUCAUGUUUAGGGUUUUUUUUUUUUGGGUUUUUUUUUUUUAAGGCAUUUUGAUUAAUAGUUUAAUUGUGGUUAGAAAACCUCCAGUUUUGUAUGAAGUCCUUCAGAGGGCAUCUCUAAUUUUAACUGCCCUAUUUUAUGAGCUUCUACGUGUACUUUGUAUUUUCGUGGUUUGAGCUUUAAGUUUGGAUAUUACUGUACAGCUAAGGCCAAAAGUUUUGCAUUACCUAGAAUUUUCAAAUUGAGAAAUACAAAUAAUAAUUUAAAAAACUACAUGAACAGCAUGCAAUCAAAGAAUCUACAAAAUUAUAUUGCAAGUCUACUGGAGGCCAAAAUAGUACAGUAUUUUGUGUUAGAUUUUGAAAUGUCAUAUUUUUCAAUUUGUCAGUUUCUCAUUAAGUAUAUGGAAAAAACUACAAAGCGGUAUGUAAUUAAUUAUGUUAACGUAACAUUAUUCAGCAGGUUUAAAUUUGACUUUAAUCAAAAUAAGUUAAUUCUGUGGGGUGAUGCAACACUUUUGGCCAUACCUACAUAGAAUGGGUUUUGAGUGUGACUCAGCCUUUGGGAAUGUGUACUGCACCAUGAAUCAAAGAAAUAAUUAAAAACAAUGCCCUUCUCUUCCUGAGUGGGGUUAAAAAGACGUAAGCAGAAGUAUUUUCUAACUGUGAAAUCAAUCAGAAAUGUGAACUAUUAUGGGAAGUGUACAUUUUGAAGGCAGCGACAUGGGGAUUGUAGGAUAAAAACAUAUAUUAAAAAAUAUAUAUGUAAUUUCAUGAUUUCAUGCAAGAUUUACUAAAAAGAUUUAAUCAAAUUAAUUGUUCAACAGGGGAUUUAACAUUGACGUCACUGAUUUAAAACUACUGGAAUCACGUUCAAGUGAUUGCCUUCUUAUUUUUUCUUUAGAGGUGAUAGAAAAAAAAACUCAGUAUCAAAUGUUAGGCUGAUUCUGACAAGGUGUACUUUGGGACUUUCAACACUUGUUACAAUGAACAACAAUGCUUCUUUUUAAUGUUUGAAAUAAACAGAUUUGUCUCAGAA